GGAAGCGGAAGUGACGUCGGGCUGUUGUCGUCCGGGUGAUUUUUCGCGGCAAUCCUGACUUGACAUUUAUUUAUACAGUUGGAGUAAAACGUGACGUAUUAAGUCCUUAAUGCAAUUUUAAAACAACAGUUAGGUGAAUAGCAACAAAAUUGUUGAUUAAAUUUAACCCGAGUGUGAAUAAUAAACGCGCUGAAUUAGCCCCGAAGCCGGUCAGGAUGGCGGCGGUGACCGCGGAGAACUUAAAGCUGGAGCUCGAGACGUUUGAUAUCGCGUGUGAGGAGGACUCGGUGCUGGAUAAAAUGCUGGAGCAGUGUAUGUGCCACAGAAUGAAGGGGCAGGACAUUGUGUUUGAGUGGGUCGCUUUCAGCACCACUAAAGGCCAGUUAACGCUCAAUCUCAACAACCUGGAGUCCUUUGAGCAUGAAGUCUUAAACAAAAGGCAGAAGACCAAAAGCUCAUCAAAGAACAAGUUAAACACUACCAGAGAUGUUCAUUCCAUCCAGGAACUAAUCAAAGCAGAAGAGGAAGAAGAGAAUUUACUGGAGUCAUACUCAACACCAGGAAAGGGUUCUCAGAAGCGAGCUCUUACAACUCCUGAGCAUCCUAAGUCCAAACGCAGCGCUGCUCGUCUGCCCAGUCCAGGUUUGGCAUUCUCCCCUGCCAGCUUCUCGCCAUGUGCAACGCCUUCUCAGAAGUACAGCAUGCGAAGUGCACGCGGCGAAGUAGUGGCCACAUUUGGCAGUGGACAGGGUCUGCAAUGGACAGGAACAGGUGAGACUGCGGUGCAGGUGGAACUCCUAGAGUGCCAGGAAGACUCGCUCACCAGCUCCUACAAAUACAUGUUUCAGAGGCUCAGAGAUGUACGGAAUGUUCUGACUGAGAAGAUUGACCUGCUGGGGGAGGAGCUUCGAUCACACUUUAAUAUAGAGGAGUUUUCUCCAGUCUCACUUCCUGCCCAGGACACCAUAUCUGUGUUGGGUCAUGUGUGCUGUGACAGUAACGGAAAGCUGAACGCUCAGUCUGUGCUGUUGGAGGCGAGUCAGGAACACGGGGCCAGGCAGGUGCCUGUAGAUGUGUCAGAGCUCAAAGACUACUCACUCUUUCCUGGACAGGUCGUCGUCAUGGAAGGUAUGAACACUUCCGGUUCAAAGUUUGUUGCUUCGAAAUUGUAUGAGGGUGUCCCGUUGCCAUUUUACUCGAAUCCAGAACUGAAGCAGGAAAUGAAUGACGGCUUGACAUCUGUGAUGGUUUUAGUAGCAUGUGGGCCGUACACUCCUUCUGACAGCUUGGCCUACGACCCUCUGAUUGACCUUAUUAACAUUAUUAAUAAAGACCGGCCUGACGUCUGCAUUCUGCUUGGACCGUUUGUUGAUUCCAAACAUGAGCAGAUUGAGAAAGGUCAGGUAACAGAAACCUUUGAAUCCAUCUUCUCCAAAUGUAUAGAGAGCAUCGUGGAUGGAACCAGAGGGACUGGUUGUAAGUUGGUGUUUGUUCCAUCUCAGCGGGAUGUACAUCACCAUUACAUUUAUCCCCAACCACCUUUCACCCUCCCAGACCUGAAGAAAGAUGAUGUUCAGCGAGUGACUUUAGCCUCUGACCCCUGCACACUCCUGAUAGGUGGUGUGACAUUUGGCAUGACCUCUACAGACAUUCUGUUCUACAUGGGAGCUGAGGAAAUCAGCUGUGCUACAGGCUCGGACCGAUUCUCACGGAUCAUGAAGCACAUGCUGACCCAGAGGAGCUAUUACCCGCUGUACCCCCCUGCUGAGGAGGUUAAUAUGGACUAUGAAAGGUUUCAGCAGUACGGCCAGCUGCCCCUCACUCCCGACAUUCUCAUCGUCCCUUCUGAGCUGCGAUAUUUCAUUAAGGAUGUGAUUGGGUGCGUGUGCAUCAAUCCUGCACGUCUUACCAAAGGGCAGGUGGGAGGAACUUAUGGACGGUUGCUAAUUCAACAAAAUCCGGUGCAAGAGGAGGGGAAAAGAGUCAGCCCCUGCAUAGCAGCCCAGGUGGUGAAAAUAUAACUGGGAGAGUUUUGUGUUCACCAGUCAAUUUUCAUUUGUAUGUACAAUUUCAUUUUAUGUCUGUAUUCCAUUCGCUGUAAGGAUGAAAAAUAAAAUGUAUAGUAAUGGAAUAAUGCACUUGUCCAUAUUUUA